CGCCCUUGUUUCCCUUUCAAAUCAAAAUCUAUUCAAAACCCUCUCUUUGACACGUCAUCCCUGAAAUCUCAUUUCAAAGCUUUCGCAAUAUGUCGUCGGUAAAAACUGUUAAAGUUGGUAAUCUGUCCUUAAAGGCUUCUCAGCGGGAUGUAAGGGAGUUCUUUUCCUUUUCUGGUGACAUCAUAUAUGUUGAGGUGCAAAGUAAUGACGAAUCUUCCCAAAAUGCAUUUGUCACUUUCACAGAUUCACAAGGAGCAGACACAGCUGUUCUUCUUUCUGGAGCAACAAUAGUUGAUACAGCCGUCACUGUAACUCUGGCACCAGAGUAUCAGCUUCCACCAGAAGCUACAGCUGCCCUUUCACCACGAGCCAUGAACACUCCAGAAAAUGAAUCUGCUCUUCGCAAGGCUGAGGAUGUGGUGAGCAGCAUGUUUGCAAAGGGUUUUGUCUUGGGUAAAGAUGCUGUUAGUAAAGCCAAAUCCUUUGAUGAGAAACAUGGGCUAACUUCCACAGCAUCUGCUAAAGUUGCUUCUUUUGACAAGAAAAUAGGAUUCACUGAGAAGGUCAGCACAGGUACCUCCAUAGUCAAUGAAAAAGUCAAAGAAGUUGACCAGAAACUUCAAGUUUCUGAGAAAGCCAAAUCAGCAUUUGCAGCUGCAGAACAAACCGUAAGUAAUGCUGGAUCUGCCAUUAUGAAGAACAGGUAUGUUUUUACUAGCGCUUCAUGGGUAACGGGUGCUUUCAAUAAAGUAGUCAAAACUGCCUCGGAAGUUGGUCAACAAACAAAGGAGAAAGUGGGCAAGGCUGAUGAUGGAGACAAACAGAAGGUGGUGGAUGAUUUUGCUCAAGUUCAUUUAUCCGAGUCUCCAAAAGCCUCAGCUCCAAUUGAGCCACAGGAGCAGCAGCAGCAACCACCUUCUAAGCCUGAACCAGUGCAAGGUUUAAUCCUCUAAACCACCUUUUUAUGUAUAUACACUCCACCUGUCGCGCAAGACUAAAAACCUUUCUGGUAUUUGGUAGCACUGCAUUCUUUCUAGUGAACUUGGGAUAUGCAUUCUUGACUCCCAUGUUUUAUGAAGUUAAGUAAUGAUUAUGGAACCUUUUUAUA